AUGGAUUUGCUGCCGACAGAGAACUCGCAGAUCGCAAAGAAGCACGGGUUCAGGUCCUUAAAGCUGGUAAACGUGGAGCUGGACCAAGAGUUCCAACACGAACCCUUCGGAGUGGACUACGGCAGACUCGACAAUGGACUCGUUUACUAUGUUCGUUGUAAUUCCAAGCCCCGAAUGAGAGCCGCUCUUGCUCUCGCGGUCAAAGUCGGCUCAGUUUUGGAAGAGGAAGAUGAGCGUGGAGUUGCUCACAUAGUUGAGCAUCUUGCUUUCAGUGCCACUAAAAGAUACACAAAUCAUGAUAUUGUCAAGUUCCUUGAAAGUAUUGGAGCCGAAUUCGGUGCUUGUCAGAAUGCAGUAACGUCCGCUGAUGAGACAGUGUACGAGCUGUUUGUUCCUGUUGAUAAGCCUGAGCUGUUGUCUCAGGCCAUUUCAGUCUUGGCGGAGUUCAGUUCAGAGAUUCGAGUCUCGAAAGAUGAUUUGGAAAAGGAAAGAGGGGCUGUAAUGGAAGAGUAUAGAGGAAACAGAAAUGCCAGUGGAAGGAUGCAGGAUGCACAUUGGGCUCUGUUGAUGGAAGGUUCCAAGUAUGCCAUGCGCUUACCAAUUGGAUUGGAAAAAGUAAUUCGAACUGUGUCUUCUGAAACAGUGAAGCGAUUUUAUAAAAAAUGGUACCAUCUGCACAAUAUGGCAGUGAUAGCUGUUGGAGAUUUUUCUGAUACGAAGAGUGUUGUUGAGUUGAUAAGGACUCAUUUUGGGGAGAAAAACUCAGCACCUGACCCUCCAAUUAUACCAUUAUUUCCUGUUCCUUCUCACGAGGGGCCACGUUUUUCAUGUUUUGUGGAAUCUGAAGCUGCUGGGUCUGCAGUGAUGAUUAGCUAUAAGAUGCCAGCAGAUGAGCUAAAGACAGUGAAAGACUAUAGGGACAUGCUUGCAGAGUCCAUGUUCCUACAUGCUCUAAAUCAGAGGUUCUUUAAAAUCUCCCGUAGGAGAGAUCCACCCUAUUUCUCAUGCUCUGCUGCUGCAGAUGCUCUUGUUCGCCCCUUAAAGGCUUAUAUUAUAAGCUCAUCUUGUAAGGAAAAAGGGACGUUAGAGGCCCUAGAAUCAAUGCUUAUUGAGGUUGCGAGGGUGCGACUUCAUGGGUUUUCAGAACGUGAAAUAUCAGUUGUCCGAGCUUUGUUGAUGUCAGAGGUUGAAUCUGCCUAUUUGGAGCGCGAUCAAAUGCAAUCAACUAGCUUGCGGGAUGAAUACAUUCAGCACUUUAUCCAUAAUGAACCUGUUAUUGGUAUUGAGUAUGAAGCUCAACUGCAAAAAUCUAUUCUGCCUUAUAUAUCUGCAUCAGAGGUGUCCAAGUAUGCAGAGAAAUUACAAACAUCAUGUAGCUUUGUCCUAAAGACAAUUGAACCUCAAGCCUCUGCUACAAUUGAUGACCUAAAAAAUAUUAUGUUGAAGAUCAAUAAUCUUGAGACGGAAGGGAGCAUUUCCCCAUGGGAUGAUGAGUACAUUCCAGAAGAAAUUGUUAAUAUAAAGCCGAGUCCAGGGUACAUUGUAGAGCAGAUAGAGUACUCAAAUAUUGGAGCUACUGAAUUAACUCUAUCAAAUGGCAUGCGGGUUUGCUAUAAGUGUACAGACUUUUUUGAUGAUCAGGUUCUUUUUACAGGGUUCUCGUAUGGGGGUUUAUCUGAACUUCCUGAAAAUGAGUACUUUUCAUGUUCAAUGGGAUCAACCAUUGCUGGAGAAAUCGGUGUAUUUGGUCAUAGACCAUCAGUGCUCAUGGACAUGCUUGCUGGCAAGAGAGUAGAAGUUGGUACAAAGCUUGGGGCCUAUAUGAGAACUUUCUCUGGUGAUUGUUCACCUUCAGACUUGGAAACUGCCUUGCAGCUUGUCUAUCAACUAUUUACGACAAAUGUGACUCCAGGAGAAGAAGAAGUCAAAAUAGUGAUGCAAAUGGCAGAAGAAGCAGUUCAUGCUCAAGAGAGGGAUCCUUAUACUGCAUUUGCAAACCGGGUGAAAGAACUCAACUAUGGAAACUCUUACUUUUUCCGGCCUAUUAGAAUAAGUGACCUCAAAAAAGUUGAUCCAGUAAAAGCGUGUGAAUAUUUCAACAGCUGUUUUAAGGACCCAUCAACUUUUACUGUUGUAAUAGCAGGGAAUAUUGAUCCCACAAUUGCACUACCUUUAAUAUUGCAGUAUUUGGGUGGAAUACCAAAGUCUCCUGAACCUAUAUUCCAUUAUAACCGCGAUGAUCUCAAAGGAUUACCAUUUAAAUUUCCAACAACCAUAAUUAGAGAGGUGGUACGCAGCCCCAUGGUAGAAGCACAAUGCUCAGUCCAGCUAUGCUUUCCUGUGGAGCUGAAGAAUGGAACAAUGGUAGAAGAGAUUCACUGUGUUGGGUUCCUGAGCAAACUUCUUGAAACAAAAAUAUUGCAGGUUCUUCGUUUCAAGCAUGGGCAGAUCUACUCUGCAGGUGUUUCUGUAUUUCUUGGUGGCAACAAACCUUCUAGAACUGGUGAUGUUCGUGGAGAUAUGAGCAUAAAUUUUUCUUGUGAUCCAGAAAUCUCCUCAAAGCUGGUGGAUCUUGCGUUGGAUGAAGUAGUGCGUCUUCAAGAAGAAGGGCCUUCAGAUCAGGAUGUUGCAACCAUACUUGAAAUUGAACAGAGAGCGCAUGAAAAUGGACUGCAGGAGAAUUAUUACUGGCUGGAGAGAAUUUUACGGAGCUACCAGUCAAGGAUCUAUUCUGGUGAUGCUGGCACUUCAUUUAAGAUUCAAGAGGAAGGACGGUCCAGGGUUAGAGAAUCUCUGACACCUUCAACAGCUCAGUCGGCAUUGCAAAGGAUAAUGCCUUACCCUUGCAAAAAUCAAUACACUGUUGUGAUUCUUAUGCCACAAGCAUCUCGGUUUAAGUUGCUGAGAUCACUUUUUCAACAUACUGCUCAUGGGAGUGAUGCAAAGAUUUUAGCCGGCAUUGCUGGUUUGACAGUUCUGGCUGCCUGCUUAUGGAAAUAUUCACGGAAGUCUUAAGACACCUUUAUGUGUAAACUUCUUUUGCUGGGGAAGCAUGAACCUUCCAGCAAGAAUUAGGAUUGGAUUAUUUGUUCAUUGAUGUUCAAGAUACAGCCAUACAGGUUGCUCGGAGUCAUCAUGGGAAGCAGCCACUAAACUUACCUCUGGGUUUCAGUAUAUGCUUAAAACAAACGUAUACUCAUUUUUAUCACCUGCCAAUAUUACUGUAUCAUUGAAUACUUUUUCCUUUUCAUUUGUAACUCAACAAUUUUUUGAUGGUGUAAGAUUAGUCUUGCUGAGGAUGUUAAGACCUCAAAACACAGAAAUGAAAUCAUUAGACAAUUUAAAA